UUUCACCCACAAAAAGUCACUCUAACUUUGACUAAAAAGCUGAACUUCAUUUUCAAGCAUUUUCUCCAGUUUUGCAAUCCUCUGUGGUAACUUCCUUUUCUCUAAAACUGGAUUUUUUUUAGCCACCUCAGCUAAACAUCACACACAUUUCCUCCCCCGGCUGUAAUAAAAAACCCUGCUGUAUUUAUUGUACAUACGGUCUGUUGCAAUCAGGGGAUGGCACUGCUUACGAUAAUCACGCAGUGCCUCUGUGAGUAUAAAGGCUCCUGCAUCAGGAAGUGAAGGUGAAUCUGCGGGGCAUGGACACAUCGAUGGACGACAUGAAUGAUCGAGUGUCGUUCACUCAGACUAACCCGCUGUUUGACAUGUCGCUGAGCAGGAGUGAACUCUACAGCUUCCAGCCUGACGAUCUGAAGCCGGCGCGGACCCGGAGACAUUGGUGCUUUUACUUCAUUAUAGUUUACCUCAUCCUGCAGACUGGCCUCAAUGCAUUUCUCAUUUAUAAAGUGUUCACUUUGGAGUCUUCGCUUUCUAAGCCUCUUGGGAAGCAGACGUCCAAUCACAUUCCUCAGGACGGAGGUGUGGGCGACAACUUCCAGAUUCUGCUUCACAACAACAGCCAAGAAACAAAGAACCUGAGGGCCAACGUGUCGGCCCUGCAGAGCCAGGUGAACGGCCUCUGUGGGAAGGACGGUCAGCUGCACCAACUCACGUCUAAUCUGAACCUGCUCAACACCAGCACACUCAAGCUGGAGGGCAAACUGAGCGACAUCAGCCUCAAACCAGGUCCUCCUGGUCCAGCUGGGAUACGGGGACUUCCAGGAGAGAAGGGACCCAAAGGUGACAGUGGUGUUAUUGGACCCAAAGGGGGCGAAGGACCCAAAGGAGAGAAAGGAGAUGUUGGCCCACCUGGACCCGCUGGACCUCCUGGAUCAUCCGGAAGCCAAGGACCAGGUGCAAAGGGAGAAAAAGGAGACUCCGGGGUCCAAGGCCUGAAAGGUGACGUGGGGGAAAUUGGUCAUUCAGGAAUACCCGGGAUUCCUGGGCUCAAGGGAGAAAAGGGAGACACAGGAAAUGAUGGUCAACAAGGACUUCCAGGUUUAAUUGGACCUCCUGGUUUCAAUGGAACUGACGGUUCUCCUGGACCAGCAGGCCCUAAAGGAGACAUAGAGUUGAAUGUGCGUCUCGUGCCGGGGCCGAACCGGGGCCGCUUGGAGGUGAAGUACAAAGGCGUAUGGGGCACGGUAUGUGACGACAACUUCGACCCCACAGAUGGAAAGGUGGUCUGUAAGAUGCUGGGCUUCAAAAGUAUUACUUCGACUUUCACUGCCAGCCCAGGCUCGGGGGAGAUCUGGCUGGAUGACCUGCACUGUACGGGGACAGAAACAGAUAUCUUUAACUGUCCUCACCAGCCAAUCGGCAUCAACAACUGCCAGCACAACGAGGACGUCGGAGUGGGCUGUGUUUAAGCUGAAACCAAGAAAAAGAAAGUGAUGUUUUAUUGUGAUCAUUUUGAUAACAUGCAGUGGGAGAAAAUGACCGGCAGGAAUCAAAAAUAGAUCUCACAUUUACUCGACUGACUGCAGGGAGGAGAACAGUACUGAUGCUAAUUAUACCCACAGCUGGAUCUCAUUUCAUAUUCAUAAAACAUAGAAUAUAAAAUUAUUUUUUAUCGCUAAACACAUUAGCUUUAAUGACAGCGUACUGUAAACAGAAUCAUGCUGAUUUCACUUUCUGCUAUCAAACUCUGCAGCAUCAUUUCUCUGCUCUGCACUCAGCUGUUUGUUAUAUUCCACAAAUGAGACACGAGCUGCAACCGUCUGCCUCUUUAGCUCAAAUCAUCAUCUGUCGCUCCAUCCUCAUCAAUCCUUCUCCUCCCCCCCUCGGCCCCUCUCCCCCUCAGCGACACACCACAUCACCUCCCGUCCACCCAACAUCACGAUACACCACUCUGCAUCGGUCAGCAGAGAUGAGGAGGUCACAUUGAAGGACUGGAAAUGUUUCUGACACAGCUGGCAUGUCACGUUUUUCCUGACGCCUCGGGAAGAAAAACUGUAGAUCAGAGGAGGAGGAGGAGGAAGAAGAGAGGGAGGAGGAAGAAGAGGAGGGAGAGGAGGAGGAGGAAGAGGGAGGAAGAGGAGGAGGAGGAGUGUCUUUAUUUUUUUACACAAACUGAUCAUGUGACUUUAUAUGCAAAUUAACCCGGCGCCACACCCACCUUGAUUUAAAGUUUAACAUGUCCAGGUAUAAAAUCUCUUUCAGCCCAUUGA